UUUUGGUCCAUCUCUCUCCUUUCCUCCUGCCGUCUCUCUUCCACUCAUCUUCUCUUCCUCUCUCUUUCUCACUCUCUCUCUUUCUUUCUCUCUCUUUCUCUCUUCCCCUCUUUCCAAGUUGGUCAUCAUCAAAGAUCAGCAUCAUUUUGCUAUUUGAUCAUUCUUCAAAUAAUGUUGUCAAUGUGAUACUUUUGACAUCUCGGAGUGCGGGAACGAUCGGAAAACUGGCCAGGGACGGAGUGAUCGUCGAGCCAGGCUCGACGAGAAGGAAAAAAAGAAGGCACGAUAAUGGGCAACGCCACGACAAAAGAUUAUCCGAAAAACAUCUCCGUUGGCACCAACUCGAGGAAGACGCGUUGGGAUGGUCCAGGCCUUCCAGCUCCACCGGGCAAACCUAUCUUAAUAUCGGGUACAGACGAAACGCAGCCGGAUGUUGUGGCGAUACGAUGGGAGCGGUCGCCGAGUAACGGUGGAUCGGCGAUUGUCGGAUACUUGGUCGAGCAUCGACGACUGGGCUCUACUCACUGGGUACGAAGCAGCCCCGGCCUGUGCGCCUUUCCGGAGCUAACUCUAAGCGGUCUCGAGCCAGGAUGGCGCUAUCAAUUUCGAGUCAGAGCGCAAAAUGCAGUCGGACUUUCGCGGCCGAGCGAAAUCUCCGAGCCGCUAACAGUUACCUUACAAAGGGCCGCCGCAGCUUGCGCUCCUUAUUUCGAUCUGGAGCUCAAGGAUACGACUGCGCUCGAGAACGAACAGGCCGAGUUUAUCGCACAAUUCUCCGGUACACCAUUGCCAAAAAUCUCGUGGUUCAAGGACGGUUUCGAGAUUUUUAGCAGUAGACGCACCAGGAUCAAUACGGAUAAUGGAAAGAGCGUUCUUCUGAUUCAUCAAACUGCGCUUAACGACGAGGGUGAAAUCAAAUGUACAGCCACCAAUCGAGCGGGUCACGUUGCUACUAGAGCUAAAUUAAUUCUCGAAGCGUCACCGCGGAUACGAUUACCGCGUCAGUAUGAGGACGGUCUGCUUUUCGAGCAAGAUGAAACUAUCAGACUAAAGGUAUCCUUGGCAGGUAAGCCACCGCCUACUGUCACCUGGUAUCACGAUGGAGAGCUGAUAUCCAAGGAUGCUAGACACGUAUUUGAAGUGAUGGACGGUGAAUCAGUUUUGAAAAUACCAGAUGCCAAACGAAAUGAUCGAGGCGAAUAUACCGUCAAAGCUACGAACAAAUUGGGUGAAGAUGUUGCGUCUUUUUUAGUCACUGUAACAGAUCGGCCCGCUGCUCCCGGAAAAGUGAACGUCGCGAUGACUCUAGGUAGAUCAGUGACAUUAUCAUGGAAAGAACCAGAGGAUGACGGCGGAUGCAAGAUCGGGACUUACAUCAUUGAAUACUAUAGAAUUGGCUGGGAAGUGUGGCUUAAAGCAACGACGAGCAGAUGCACCAGCGCGACGUUAACAGAAUUAAUCGAAGGCUCCGAAUACAAAUUUCGGGUGAAGGCUGAAAAUCCUUACGGAGUCAGCGAUCCUAGCGAAGAGAGCGACGUUAUCUUCAUUCCAGAUCUUAAAAGAAGAAUUGUAACGCCGUCUUUGAACGAAAAAUCGCAGAGUCAUCGGGAGAUCAGUAGAUCUCGCGGCGACAAACGCGAAGUGAGUUUUACUACGCCGGCGCAAAGAACUAGGAGUUUAACGAGGGAAGAAGCUAAAACGCGAGAUGACGAAAGUGGCGAUCGCUUUGGAUACGAUGAGCGAUCAGCUUCAACGCAACGGCUCGCAAUGCCGAUUUCUACAUUGGACAGGCCGUCCAGAGCAGACAGUAGAGUGACAUUUGCACCGGACACUUUAGAAAAGGAAGUUUCUCCGCCAGUUCCUCCAGCCAGAUCCAGAGACCACGCUUCCACGAAGCAACAAGUUUCUCUUGGAAAUUAUGCAGAUCGAUCGAAUACUGCGGCAGAUACGAGAGAUAAGCAAGAUAUUAUAAAGAGAGAAAGAACAAUGUCGCCGAAACCAACUGUGACAGUCUCUUCUCCGGUUGAAGAAGAUUUCAAGCCGCGUUCAAUACCUACGACAAAAGAAAGAAGAAGCCUCUCUCCGCUCUCGAUGCCGAGAAUUCAAGAACCUCAAAGAGAGGAGAAUCGUACCACAGCUAGCCAUUAUUUUUCAUCAUCUUUGAAUUCGAAUUUAAAAAGACAGACCGCCAUUACAAAUGAAUCCAUGUUACCUUCACCGCAGAAUAGCCUACAAUUGCAAAAGAUGUCACGAGAGGAUGAUGAGGACGCAUUGCACGGUAGCUCGGAGUUUAUGCUGGUCCUGUAUCCAGAGGAUGAGAUGCAAGAGGAAAAUGUAACCGUGACGAACGGCACGUCGCAUGAAACUCGCAUUAAAAACACAAGUAGCAAACAGGACAUGAUCGAGUUGAUGGAAGAGGAGAGCGAUCUCAUACCGCCGCCGAUGUCACUGUCUCUUCCGGAAUUAUUCAGCGCGCGGCAUCAAGUAGUAGAAGUAAUGCGAUCGGCGGUCAGCUCUACCGAGCUUCUUCACGAACGUGCUAUGGAACGUUUCUAUCGCGCGGUCGCCGCUGAAGAGGCAUCCGAGAUUGCGAAACGAAAAACGCAGCUUGAGAGACAAACUGGCGAAUUGGCGCUAUUAAAUGAUGAAUCCGUUCGGCGAUCGUCGCUUCGAAGACGCCUAUCCAAUUCUGGCGUCACGACGCAAAAUUUGAUCGUUUCGUGGCAGGCCAAAAAGGAUCGCCGACGAUCGAGUGAGGGGCAAACCGAAGCGGCCCCGAAGACAAUGAAACUUCUCUCGCCGGCUUUGCUGUCGGAUGUCGAGGCCAGAUCAGAUCCGAAUCUCCCCUCUGAAACGACGAUGGCGGAUUCCUGGAGGAGGAGCGACGAGAACGAAUCUUUAGAACGUCUGCGUAGAUGGCAUGAAACGAACGUACCGCUGUUAGAGGAGGUACAAGAAGAGAAAUCGAUACGAGCGGAUGAUGCAGAGGGGAUGGUAGCCUCCAUUAGUGUAAAUAGAGCCAAGGAAGUGGAAGAGGAGGAAAUUAUUAGCGUCGAGACUUCCGAAGAAUCAUCGGAAGAGAUUAGUAGUGCGGAUAGCGAGGACUUGAAAUUAUUAAAAUCAAGGAUAUUGGCGAGACAAUUUAUGGAUGAAGAGGAUACUUAUCAUCCUAGGGGAAGAUCAGUUCCACACAUCGAACCACAAUUGCCACAGAUUUCGCACGAUAGAAUGACAAGUUUGGAGAUUCCACCUGUCAGAGCAGUUACUCCCGUCUCAUUGAACAAUGUAGUACCAAAAUCUAUUUUAAAGAAACCCAAGGAAGAAAUUCCUCCGGAUAAUUUCGGCAGAUCGAUUGCUCCCGAAAAACCAAUCAGAACGAUAUCACCGCAGCCAUAUGAACGAGAAAAUGUAGAAAAGAUGAAUAUCGAUAUUGGGGAGACAAUCACAGAUUUUUCGAGCAUGUCCGAAGUUCUGAAAACACCUCCAAUGUCAGAAUCCGAUACAGAUAGCAUCUUAUCGGCGGCAGAAGCGGCGAAAAAUCGUCGAAUGCAAUCGAAAUUGCGGUCCAUGACGCCUGAUGAAGAGGCAGCUGAAACAGAGGCUAGAAUGGCGGUCGUGAAUCAGUACACCGAGAUAGUUCGGGAGUACGCGAGUCAUUCGCGACACGGUAGCGCAGCCAGUUCUCGAAGAUCUUCCAUUUCCGAGGAUCAAGCAGAUCAAAGGCACCGAGUGCACGAAAAACUUGCGCCAAAACUGAUAGAUAAACAAGAGCAGGACGAGAUAUCGAAAUCAAAAAUUAAAAAUAAGAAUAAAGUCAAACAACAGACAAAAAAUAAUCAAGCACCAGCGGUUACUAAAAAAGAAAGCGCUAAUUCCAGAAGCACGACUCCUGCAAGAGAUACGACGACUGCGAAGCGCGUAAGUAGACCGACUUCCCGGGACCAAUCUCCAGCUGCGAGGAGAAAGGAACGAACGACAGGCGCUUCGUCGAGAUCAUCUUCAAAAACUCGGAAUCGCACACCUUCUCUGGAAAGAAACAAUCGAUCAUUAGCGAAAAACGAUUUAAACGAACAAGGCUCUCGUAGAUCUAAAAUACCUUCCGGCUCUUCCUCACGUUCCUCAUCGAGAUCGAACUCUAGGGAGAGGUUUGGAAAAACGGCGUCAGUGGAAUCAAAGGUUGAGAAGCUGCAAAAAGCACUCGAGAGUAACAAGUAUCGAGCGAUGAAAAAAGAAUCCAAAGUUACCAAAGAAAUUGCCGGGAAAAGCACCCCCGAACGGACAGAUGGCAAGCAGUUAGCUCUGGAAGCUAAAAACACAGUCAGAUCGACAGUAGACUACAUAACCGACCUAACGUUGUUGAUGGCCGCAAUGUACGUUUAUUUCUUUAAAAAGGAAACCCUGGCGGUUCCGUUUAUCGUGCUGCUUCUAUAUCGAAGAAUACAGGAGGAAAUACACGGGUGGAUGCCACGUCGCUGGUGGCGGUCCACCAAAAAACCUUGAUCGAUCGAUGUGUGUGUACGCAACUAAAUGGUCAUAUAUAUUUUAUGUACAUCAUGUUUACCAAUCAAACUAUGCUAAAUGAUUGCCAAAGAAAUAAUAUAUCAUACGUUGAAACGAUAUAAUAUAUCGAGAAUUGCAAACUAUUUAUGACAUCCUUCCUAUGUAAUUUGAUCGAUACUUGUUAUUGUUAUCCGCUAUAUUUAUAAUAAAUAUAUAAUUCCUUAUCU